GAAUGAUAAAAUUUGCUAUACGCUGUCCUGACGUUUAUACAACAUUCACCCAGUUACCAUGCGCGAUACGCUUGAUAAAGAUAUAUUUCAACACCAUAUAUGGCAAUGUCUGGGUAUUAAUAUUCUAUUGGUUGAUAUCGGUGAUUACAGAAAUAGUACUGCUUUAAAAUGAAACUUGAAAAUUGUGCGUACCGCUUCCAAGAUACACCGAACAGAAAAUGGGUUCUUGUAAAAAUAUGAUAUCAAAGUCAACAUCCUUUAACCAGUCAAAACGGAUUACCCGUUUCUUCAUCGUGACUAGAAAUAAUCCGGUGAAGUUUGUCGUUUGGUUGGGAUUUGCGUCAAAAAAGCACAUACGAGGCAUAUGCCAAAGAAGAUAUUAGCUGUGCAUCUUUGAAAUCGGGAAAAUCAAGAUGUACACGAUAUCAACAAGAAUGUGAACUUUUCAAAGAGUGAGAUAUAGAUCAAUUUUCCACAUCUUUAGAGCAACCAGUACAAAAAUGUACUUGCAAGCUCAAACUGAAGAGAGAACGGGAGAUCAACAACCAGAAACAAUGACCAAUGAAACCGAUGAGACCAAUGGAACAUGGGAUGGAAUAAAAAAUGUUCUACCAAGCACCUAACUUUGUUGCUAACGAAACCAUUGACUGCUCUGAAUGAAAAACGGCAAACGCACUGUGCAACAACAUAUGCCAGAAGUGAUCAAGUGUGGAAAUUUGAAAUCAAAAAAGAUAUGGAAGAUGGGAUGCUGUCUGGAUUACUGUCAACGAUAUCAUCAUUGAAAAGAGGGGCUAAAGGUUUAUUUACAAGCGCAUUGACAGUUUUAAAGAAGGCUAUUAACUAUCCAGGUGCACAGAAGAACACUUCAGCGCAAAUCCCAUCCGACGAUUUGGUGAUACUUUGCAACCGCCAAAUUGAAGUAUGCAAGAAGAUUUUGAUGGAUUUCAAAAACUUAUAUUCGGUUGUACCUGAGUUUCGAUGGGAAUCCAAUUUACGGAAUACCAGGGGUGCUACAAAACGUGUUUUGGUUUGCUUGGAGAUUUCCCGUUUGGCAGAUGACAUAAUAGAUGCUGUAAGAAUGGUCGAUCUUUCAGGUACUGAAAGAUUUUUCCUCGUCAUUAUACAUACGGCUGAGCCAGGACUAAAAGUGGAUACUUCAUUUUCGUCGCGGGAUUUUAAGAUAGACGAUGUUGCUCACAUUAUAUAUAGCGAAAAUGUUGGAUGCUAUGACUGCCCAGAAAACAAGAAAGCAAUUUCAAAACUCCGUUCAUGGUGACCUCCUAAAAGUGGAUGUUAUGUAUUAAGAUCAGUCUAGUACUAUACAUUGUUACACCUUGAAACUAUUGACAAUGAUGAGAUCAACAGGGGAUGUUUACUACUCCUAGGCACCUGAUCCCACCUCUGGUGUGCCCAGGGGUCCGUGUUUGCUCAACUCUCUAUUGUGUGUUGCUUAUAGGAGUUAUGAGAUUGAUCACUGUUCGUUAUCUUCACUUUGCAUCAAUGUAAUAUCAGCAUCACUGUUCAAAGAAAAUACUAUUCAGACGCAACGCAAACAUUGAUUUUUUAGUACCAUUUUGUUCAUGAAACUGCAAAUUUCCUUUUAUAUUCUUUCUAGAAAUUAAAUACACUGUGUAAAGGGAUAAUUCAACUAUUAUUACCAGUUUUACUCCUGAAAGAUAUCUGUAACACUUAAGAUUUCUGUGUUCCUCCAUAUCAUAAAAAUAUUUUUGUAAGACCGUUUUAAGGAUGUACAUUUAUUGAAUUUAAUUCUGUGUAUAUUUCAUUAUAAUUUUUUUGUGGACUGUCUAUUCGCCUGUACCAAACUGAUAUUUUGCAUUUACGAUAACACAACCACAACCCUUCCAAAUGCAUAAAUUGUUGUAUUCGAAAUUCAUAAUGAACUUUUGUAAUAUAGCUAUAGUUUUGACUUUCUGUAGGUAGUUUCCAUUUUUUUUCAAUUUUUCAUAACAUCGAAUUAUUUCUUGAUGAAAAAUAGAAUAUUGAUAUGUUAGUUGUGUAAACAAAAUGCUUUUAAAAAUAUUUUUGAUGAAAAAUUGUUGGAUUUUGAUAUGAUGUAUGUCAAUUGAAAUGAAGAUACUCUUCUCUAAAGCAGAGGGAAAAUAUGCAUGUUGUAUUUGCCUGAUUGAAACGCAUAAAUAUAUUCAUUGCGCAU